AUAUUUAAUUUGUAAUAGAUAUACAUUACUUGAUCUAAACUUAAAGUUAAACCAAAUUUAAAUAUAACUAUAAGCCUACCUAAUCUUCCAAAUGGAAACUUCAAUGUGUUCCUCUCUCCAAUGAUCAGAUUUGCCUUGACGGUGUCGCCUGUCUUUUGAGUCCAAUUAGAUCGUCUUGAAAUGGUUUCAACUAAUGCCUGAUAUACACUACUUUUGUUGUCUCGAACAGUAUAUGAAUACAUUGCUAAUUAACUGAUUGAUAUGACCUCGACCAUGUCUAUGGAUAUCACCAACUGAACUAGUCCAGUGGCACUGCGGUAACUAACACUGCCCAACAUGUUGCAUGCGCGUACGUGCAUGCUUCGCCGGAGCGGCCCGCGAGCAAGGAUUAGUGAUAAGUCCUAAUGUAACCAGCCAGAUCAGAUUGCUUUCAUCAUCACAAUGUCAACCAAGAGGUGAUCAAAUGUUAGAUGCCCCACAGCAUUUCAUGAUCCAGAAGAGAUACACAAGCUGGUACAAUACUUUAACUGCUGAUCAGCUAUGGAAAGGAAUGUUAGCAACUACUGGUAAAGCAGCAAGGAAGGCAAGAGGCAAGAGACCUGCAAAACGAAUGAAGAAGGAUCUUAACAAAGGACAAAUAUUUGGAGAGGGAAGAGCUCAGAUUGCUUGGCCAGGUUUGAAUGCACCUAUAGUUCAAGGAAAAGAAGUCUUAACAAUCAAGAAGAAACAACCUGAUCCAGAGAAGGAAGAACGAUUACGUCUGAUCAGAGAGCAAUGGGACAAGAAAAAGAAACGUAGUGUACCACCAGAAGAAAGAGGUUGGACUUCCAAGAGCUGGGGUGGACGAACAUUAGGAUCUCCUGACCCUAUCCCAGGAGAGAAUUUUGAAGGCUUUGAUUCUCGUGUGAUCCAUGUGAGGAGAGUAUUCAAUAUGACAGGUUCAGUUGGUAGAAAGAGGUCAAUGUCAGCUCUGGUUGUUGUUGGCAAUGGAAAUGGAGCAAUAGGUUAUGCCCUUGGUAAGGCACCUGGUGUGAUAGCUGCUCUGAGGAAGGCUAAAAACAAAGCUGCAACAAAUCUACACUACAUUGAACGACAUGAUAACCACACAAUCUAUCAUGAUAUAGAGACAAAUUUUGAAGUUACCAGAAUUCGAAUGAGGAAGCAGAACAAAGGAUAUGGGUUGAGGUGUCAUCGUGUUAUCAAGGAGAUCUGUAGAUUAGCUGGAAUUAAGGAUCUUUAUGCCAGAGUGUAUGGUUCUACUAAUCCUAUUAAUCUAACUAGAGCUGCUAUUAAUGGUUUAAUUAACCAGGAGACCCAUCAGCAGAUAGCAGACAGGAAAGGCCUUCAUGUUGUUGAGAUGCGUCCAGAGCGUGGAUGCCUCCCUAUUGUAGUAGCAUCACCAAAGAACAAGGAAACAAGAACAGAUGUAGAUGAAGAGCCUUGGGAUAAAGAGCUACCUCUAGAAUGGAAAGAGGAAAAACCUAGGAAAUUCGAAAGCAAAUUCGUUCGAGAAGGAACCAUGAUAUUCUAGGGGAUUCCACCCAAGUUUUUGCUUUAUUGUCGGCGGAGGACAUGGAUAUUUUCAGUUUGGUUUUUAGCCCAAAUCAUGAAGGUGACUUUAUUCAAGACUGGCAAGUAUAGAGAGAUAGUUUGGUGAUGAACAGCAGUCAUGUCAUCCAUUGAAGCUCAAAAUGAAAUCAAAUGCAUAUGAUGGAGGAACAAUUAAUAUAAUGGAAUUGUAAGAAAUAUAAUGGACAAUUUACUACAUAAAAUGACUAGGAGAUGGUCACUGUAUGCACGUUAUACUGGUGUUUAUUUUUGUCAUAUUCAAGUUUAGAACCCACUGAGCCAUACAAAAAGCAAAUAUAAUCUCAUGAUGAAUAGAUUUAUCAUUAUUUUGGCAUCAAGUAUUUUGAGAGUCUGCAGUCCUCAAACGUACCCAACGAAUGUAAAAAAUGCUUAAAACUAUUCAAUCUGUUGUCUUAUAAUUCUUGAAUCUGUAACUUUCAUAAGAGCAGAAAAUCAGACAAUUAAUAAGAAAGAAAAUACAUGUAAUGUAAAUUCAAUUGUAAGAUACUUGACCACCAUUAUCCAAUGUAUUAGCAUUGUGCCAUGCUCCACAGGAGUGACAAGUCAUUAAAAUUGUAUUACGUAUCACCACUAAACUUUUGUAAGACUGAAACUUUAAAUGAUACUUGAUUAUAAUUAACAUUAUUGACCCUUUAUCACAGCUUAAAGGGAAGUUCACCCUGAAGAAAAGUUUGUUGUAAAAUAGCAGAAAAAAUAAUAAAUAAUAUUAAUCCACUAAAGAUUAAGAAAGUUAUUAGAAUUUAAAGUUUUGGAUUUGUGACGUCAUAAACAAGCAGCUGCCCCAUAUGUUACGUAAUAUAAAUGCAUAGAUUUCAAUUUUUUAUUGGUUCACGAUGACUUAUUGAUGUUUUCUUCUUAGAAACCAGUGUGAAAUGAUUUGUCUAUUGAUAUACUGAAGGUACAGUAAAAACCACUUUUCAUUGUCUGAGAAAUUCCCAUUUCAUUGAUUUUUUACCUUACUAUAUGGAGGAAAGCUACACGCAUAUGACGUCACAAAACAAAUGAUUAAAAUUCUAAUUACUUUUAUAUUCUUUGAUGGAUUUUUCUCAAACCUUCGGCAAUAUUUUUCUGCUAUUUUUACAAUAAACUUUUUGUCAGGGUGAACUUCCCCUUUAAGACAGGCCUUACAAGUUGGAUGAUAACAGCAGUGUGCCAUUACUGAACUAAGUUAUUAUGGGGGAUGAAUUGUCCUGGGGAAAUUCUUAACUUCAUAUCUGUAGAUAAUUACUCUCUUUAAAAGGAUGAUAGUACAUUGAAUUGUAAUGAAAAUUAAAUAUUUAAUGCUCAUCUUGAUCA